CUAGCCAUGCAGGGACCAAGACCAGUGGUUCUGAGUGGCCCAUCGGGUGCAGGAAAGAGCACUUUGUUAAAGAAAUUACUUAAAGAUUACAAGAACAUCUUUGGCUUCAGCGUCUCCCAUACCACGAGGCAGCCAAGACCCGGAGAAGUAAAUGGCAAAGAUUACCACUUUGUGACCAGAGAGGAAAUGCAGAAAGAAAUUGAUGCUGGCGAAUUCAUCGAGCACGCAGAGUUCUCGGGAAAUAUGUACGGGACAAGGUAUGCAGUUCAGAUGCUGUCGCGGCUGAACCCAGGUGGUGCCGG